AUGGAAUCCGAGGACCACGACUACGAAGCUCUUGGCGAAAACACCGGAAUUGGCGCCAACAUGCUCGCCGGCGCAUUUGCCGGAAUCAUGGAGCACACAGUCAUGUACCCCGUGGAUGCCAUCAAGACCCGAAUGCAAGUUGGACCCGGCGGCACCGGCUCUGUGUACAAGGGAAUUGUACAGGCCGUGUCGUCCAUCAGCGCCAAGGAGGGCGCCUCGAGUUUGUGGCGAGGAAUUUCCUCCGUCAUUGUGGGAGCUGGACCUGCACACGCUGUUUACUUUGGAGUUUACGAGUUCACCAAGAAGAACAUGCUGCUGUACCAGGGCCACACCGAGGACUCUUCCGAUGAACAUCACCCCGUGAUCACCUCAUUGGCUGGAGCCGCCGCCACCACAUCCUCUGAUGCGCUCAUGAACCCCUUCGAUGUUAUCAAGCAGCGAAUGCAGCUCCCCGCCUCUGCUGGAGGCUCUGCCGGUGCUACGUUCGCACAGACUGCUAAGAACAUCUUCAAGAAUGAGGGGUUUGGCGCCUUUUACGUCUCAUACCCUACCACACUGGCCAUGAACGUGCCUUUCACAGCCAUCAACUUCACUGUGUACGAAUCGGCCUCCAAGAUCCUCAACCCUAGCCGAAAGUACGAUCCCCUCGGCCAUUGUGUGGCUGGAGGUGUCGCCGGAGCGGUUGCUGCCGCCGUCACCACCCCUCUGGACGUUGUCAAAACGUUCCUGCAGACCCGACGAGCCAUGGGCUCCGAAUCGCUGGAGGUGCGAUCCACCAAGACCUUUGCAGGCGCUGUGAAGAUCAUCUACCGAGAAGAUGGCCUUCGGGGUUUUUUCCGAGGUUUGCGUCCCCGAAUUGUGGCCAACAUGCCCUCAACCGCUAUCUGUUGGACCUCUUACGAGAUGGCCAAGUUCUACUUGGCCCCUAAGGCUAAAACCCAGGAGAAGUUUUAA